AUGGCAACGGAAGAGACCGUAACUGACAAAAUACCAGAGGAAAUUGAAUGUACAGCUGUCUCGCCUGGCUACAGUACCCUUGGCGAUAUCAUUCCCGUUUCAUUGCAUUGGAAAGACGUCUCAGUAUCAACUGUGAAACAACAAAGAGAGCUGCUGAGAAAUGUGAGCGGAGUGGCUAGACCUGGAGAGCUUUUGGCGUUGAUGGGAGCCAGUGGAGCUGGGAAAACGACCCUUUUGAACAUGUUGAUGUGUCGAAAUUUGAAAGGAUUGAAUGCAGAAGGAAUGAUUACUGUAAAUGGACAGGAGAUGGGUGAUAAAAUCUCCACAAUAUCCGGAUUCGCUCAACAAGAGGAAUUAUUCGUUGGGACCCUCACAGUCGAAGAAUACCUAAUGAUCCAGGCGAAACUACGAAUCGAUGGAUCUUCCCAAUUGAGAGAAGAAAGAGUAACAGAUGUAAUGCACCAGCUGAAACUAUGGAAAUGUCGAGAUUCUCGAAUUGGAGUGAUAGGAGAAAAGAAAGGAAUCUCAGGAGGAGAAGCUAGAAGAUUGACUUUUGCAUGUGAAAUGCUUUCCAAUCCUUCACUUCUGUUUGCCGAUGAACCAACAACUGGAUUGGAUUCUUUUAUGGCUGAAAGUGUCAUUCAGAUUCUGAGAGGAAUUGCGAAAACUGGAAGGACCAUCAUCUGCACCAUUCAUCAACCGUCUUCUCAAAUUUAUCAAAUGUUCCAUAGAGUUAUUUAUUUAGCAAACGGUCGAACUGCUUUCCAAGGAACACCUCAAGAAUCAAUAGCAUUCUUUGAACAGUGUGGUCAUCGAGUGCCUGAUGAAUACAAUCCCAGCGAAUGGAUCAUUUAUAAGCUGGCAGUUCAACCGGGACAAGAAAAAGAAUCCAAUGAACGAAUUCAGGAGAUUGUGGAUCAUUAUGAAGAGAGUGAUCACCAGAAGAAAGUGAUGGGACAAUUGGAGGAUAUCAGUGAAAAGGGUCAACCACCUGCCAUGCAUAAAGCCAAUGUUUUUACGCAGGUUAAGGCGUUGAGUAUGAGAUGCGGUCUGGAUGUAUGGCGUGCUCCCCAACUGACAAUGGCAAAAAUCAUUCAAAAAAUCCUUUUCGGCUUAUUCAUCGGAUUACUGUACCUGAGAACAGAUUACAACGAGGAUCAUGGAAUUCAUAACAUCAACGGAGCACUGUUCUUCAUUGUUGGAGAAUACAUUUAUUCGACUUCUUAUGCAAUUAUGAUGUUCCUGAACAACGAGUUUCCACUGAUCGCUCGGGAGUAUCAUGAUGGAUUGUAUAAUCUUUGGACGUACUACAUUGCUCGAUGCCUAACUCUGAUGCCACUUUUCUCAACAGAUGGCUUGAUUUUUCUGUACAUUUGCUACUGGAUGAUUGGAUUGAACACUUCUGUGAUACAGCUCCUCUACGCCACCAUCAUCUCCCUCCUAGCCUGUCAAGCCUCCUCAGCUUUCGGUAUCGCAAUGUCUUGCAUCUUCCCAACCGCCCAGAUGACGUCAGUCAUGGCUAGUCCCCUUCUAGUCCUUUUCCGUCUUUUCGGUGGUUUCUAUGGUGAUACGGACACGUUUCCAGCGGCGAUCCGUUGGCUACAGUAUACCAGUAUGUAUAGAUUUGCCUUCGAAGGACUCGUCGUCAACCAAUGGUCCCAAAUCGAUCAAUUCCAUGAUGUCCCAAAUUGGAGUGAUACUAAAAGAGACGUGAUUUUCCGAUACUUCUCAUUCCAUCACUGGAUGAUUCCUGUGGAUAUCGUCGGGCUGAUUGUCAUUAGUUUUGGAUUCUAUUUGAUUGGAUUCGUGGCACUUUUGGUUCGAAUGAAGAAGGCACGAUAG